AUGCGCAACAUCGCCUUCCUCAUGGGCCUCGCCAGCUUGACGUCGGCAUCACCACUGGCUGUCCGUCAAACAAGCUACCCCCAGAAAUCAACCUCGUCAGGCUUUACCCUCGUUGUUAAUGUGACGAAUCCGGCGGCCGACUUUUGCGAGUCCAUCAACCACUACACGCUCUCCUCAAUCCACGUCGGUGCGGGCCAGGCACUUGCCGCCAUCUCAAGCGAGUCCACCCGCGUGUGGUAUGUCAACGGCACUCAACAAGAGAUUAGCGAGAGUAAGGGCACCGUUGUGACCGACGGCGGCACCCCGCCUUUCCCCAACGGCAUCGAUAUCGCGGAAGCCGAAGACUCUGUUUCAGCCGUGCGCGUUGAUGCCGGAGACGGCACAAAGGGUGUGCAGCUCACCAGCGGUUCUGAGCCGUACGCCUAUCUGACGGCUCCCGUCAUCGGCAGCUACAUCGUCUGCAAUGAGAGUGUACCGUACUACCAGGGACGCAAGUUUCUCCUCUUGAAGCAUGCCGAGACGGAGAUCAACGAAGAAGGCGAGUCCGAGUCGAACAUCCCCGAGGACUGUGUCGCUAUCAGACUCGUACCUCAAUGUGCAAAGCUUGCGGAUUUGCCUGCGGGCGCCAUUGCGAGCCACGAGUUCACCAAUGAAGUGGGCUGCUACGACGACGUUGCCUCCAUUGAUUGGAGCAAAUAG